AUGAGAUUCUCUACACUAGAGAAAAAGGCAAAACUUGUCAAAAAUAGGCUUCAGAAAAUAAGCAAGUUUGUGUCAGCCCAAAUUACUCUCUCAGAAACUCAAUCAUUAAAUGUUGUUUCCAUUCAGCGCUUACACAACUAUGAUGAUGAAGUUAGAGGUUUAUUCUCUGAUUUUAAAGCUUUAUUCGAUAAAGUGGUUUAUGAUGAUCCUGGUUCUGAUUAUGACGAAACUGAAGCAUGCUCUAUGCAAGAUGAAAUUUCGGACUUGUACAUUUCUCUGAUCAGUGACUUGAAAAUAGUGUUACCUGCUAAAACUAAAGAAGUAACACCUCCCACCCAACCAUCUCUGCUGCCCAAAUUUGAGUUGCCCAAAUUCAGCGGUAACUACGAAGAAUGGGUUAGCUACUACAAUAUUUUUGAGGCUUCUAUUAAUAGGAAUGAAACUUUGGCCCCUGUGAAGCUGUUCAGCUCAUCAGUGCCUCCCGUGCUCGAGCACAUGAUGAAAUCCCUUCAAGUCUUAAAGCUAAAUACCGUCACCUACGGUCUCAACUGUUCCCCCUUCAUUGCGAUCAGAACAUUACAACAAUUGGUCAAAGAUGAGGGUCACUCAUACCCCAAGGCGUCUGAGAUUCUAACUAAAUCAAUAUUUUAUGACGACAUCAUCGCUGGAGCAGAAAGUCUUGAUGAAGCUUUGUCUGCACAGAAUGAACUCAAGAACUUGCUCUCUAGAGGAGGUUUUGAACUCCGAAAAUGGAUUAGCAACGCACCCCAACUAUUGGACCAAGUCCCAAUUGAACACAAAGAGACUCCAGUGGAGUUAACUGAAAAUAGUGAAGCCUUCUUCAGUGUCCUAGGUCUAAAAUGGACUCCAGAGUCCGACAUGCUUUCUUACAAGGUUAAGGAUGUUGAAAUAAGUGCUAUACUUACAAAGAGAAGAAUAUUAUCUACAAUCGCUAAACUGUACGAUUUACCAGGAUUUCUUACACCCGUAAUUUUCUGGGCAAAAACACUUAUUCAGUAUCUCUGGACAACAGGGCUAACUUGGGAUGAACCUGUUCAAAAUGAUGUUAGAACCAAGUGGCAUUCAUUCUUAGAAGAACUCCCAAUAAUUCAAGAAUUAAGAAUUCCACGCUACAUUUCUACUUCUCUGCAUACGGCUGUGCAACUCCACGGCUUCAGCGAUGCUUCAGAGAAAGGCUACGCUGCUGUUGUCUACCUUCGUGUCACUGACUCUCAAGAGAAUACAAGGCUCUAUCUCAUCGUCUCUAAAUCAAAAGUCGCUCCUUUGAAAAGAAUUUCUCUGCCACGGCUUGAACUUUGUGGCGCUCACUUACUGGGAAAACUUCUUCAAUAUUCUUCAAACAUACUCUCUGCUCAUAUGAAGAUUGAAUCAAUCUAUGCUUGGUGUGACUCCACAAUUGUCCUAACCUGGAUACGUACUCUUCCAUACCGCUUGAAAGUCUUCAUUGCCAAUCGUAUUUCAGAACUCCAAGAAUUGGUCUCUCCUCACUCAUGGAAUUAUGUCAAAUCUCAAGUCAACCCGGCAGAUUGCGCCACUCGUGGUCUUUCACCCUCUCAACUUGUGACUCAUCAUUUAUGGUGGAAUGGACCGGAAUGGUUACAGUCAUCGUCAGAUUCUUGGCCUAAGCCAAAAUUCACACCUGUUAUUGAUGAUGACACUCUUGAAAUAAGGCCAAAUCCUCUAAACGUUCUAGCAACCACAGAGAAGAUUAAACUCACUGAUUUUGAUGAUGACAUCUCUGCUCUCAAAAAGGGAUCUCAAUGCAGCUUAAAACUUGCUCGUUUAUCCCCAUAUAUUGAUGAUAGUGGAAUAGUGCGAGUAGGCGGCAGGUUGAAACAUUCCAACCUUACACAAGAUGCGAAACAUCCAGUUUUGUUACCUAAAUCUCACUGUACUGUCAAACUGUUGAUUAUGCAUUAUCACCUAAAGCAUCUACACGCAGGCCCUCAAUUGCUGCAGUCUAUUCUGUCUCAAGAGGUUUGGAUAUUAUCAGCCCGCAGCGUGAUAAGAUCUGUGAUUUUCAAGUGUCAAAGAUGUUUCAGACUUAAGCCUGUAAACAAACCUCCACUGAUGGGAGAUCUUCCUGAAACUCGAUUAAAACCUGUAAGGCCAUUCUAUCACACUGGUAUGGACUAUAGUGGACAUUUUGACAUUAAAGUUCAUUCAACUAGGAACGCUCAACGGUUAAAAUCAUACCUCUGCCUCUUUGUAUGUUUUGCUACAAAAGCUGUGCACAUAGAAAUUGUAACAGACCUAUCUGUAGACUCCUUCAUAGCUGCACUAAAACGUUUUGUUUCUCGUCGUGGAUUGUGUGCCCACUUAUACUCAGAUUGCGGAACUAACUAUGUUGGAGCCUCAAAGCAACUCAUGAAAACUUUUCAGAAUUUCAUCAAGGAAUCAAACACUAAAGAUGCUCUUAACAACUUCGCGUUAGAUCACUCAAUAAAUUUUCACUUUCAACCACCAGCCGCUCCCCACCAAGGAGGCCUAUGGGAGAGUGCUAUAAAAAGUUCUAAAUAUCAUCUGAAAAGAGUCAUAGGCGAUAGAGUUCUAACACUAAUGGAAUUAAUAACACUCGCCACACAGGUGGAGGCUGUACUAAACUCGAGACCCUUAACAGCGUUAUCCGCUGAUCCAUCUGACAUCUCAGCCCUUACUCCGGGUCAUUUUCUUAUCGGCACUUCUCUUGUGGCAGUACCGGAACCAAAUCUUGAAGAGGUUCCCGAAAAUCGUCUCAACCAUUGGCAAACUGUACAAGCCCUACAUCAACGCUUCUGGCGACGUUGGCAUCAAGAAUAUUUACAUCAGCUACAACAAAGAAAGAAAUGGGAAAAGCCCAACAAGAAUCUAGAAGUGGGUGAUCUCGUUAUAAUUCAGGACCCUAGAACACCACCACUACUCUGGCCUCUUGGACGCAUAGUGAAGACUUCGCCUGGAUCGGACGGCAUCGUCCGAGUUGUCACCAUCAAGACUCAGCGGGGAACCUUCUGUCGUCCUGCUACCAAGGUGUACCCGCUCCCCUGA